AUGGACCUUCAAAAAACGAAGGAGGCCCGCCGGGAUACGCCGGGCAAGCAGGAGGGAAGCGCCGACUGUCCGUUGGAAGCCUAUGGAGGAAGCGGCCAUACGAAAGAGUCGCCCAAGAACGAUUCGCUAGACCAUCGCGAUACGAACGAACGUCCUGAUCCCGCGGACGCGCGCCAACAACGGCAGCCGGGCAGUUCUACUUACUGCGAAGAUGCUUCGCAGUCUCCGCCUGCAACAGCGCUCCUAGCGCCAGCCAGACCAUCAUCUUCAUCGUCGAAGACCCUUGACAUUCCGCCCGCGGUUGGGCUUCGUUCCGAGGAACAUAGGCUGCUGCUGACCGCCAAGCGCUAUCCCCCAGUAACGAAAAGCACGCUGAGUGAGCUGGAUCUCCCAUGCAUCAUGAGCAACAUCAACCUGCGCAUGGAUGCGAACUUCGACCGGGACCUCCAUUUCAAGCCCGACCUCGACGGGGAGAAGGGGAGGCGGAAGCGGAAAGAGGCGGCGGAUUACUGGGAGGCCAUGGCCGUGGAGAUUUCGAUCUACGCGUUCUACUCGUCGCCCGAAGCUGCCGGCCUAGCCGCGGAUGCGCGGACUCACCAGCGACAGGCCUUCGAGCCCCGACUCCCUGCCAUGUUCGACACCUUGCAGGAUGUGUUGAAGACGCUGGUGCCCGAACGCGAUCAUCCCGGGGUGGUGCAGAACCUCGAGGUGCCGCUACUCAUGCAGCAGAUCCAGAAGGGGGUGCUGGAUAUGGUCCGGGUGGCCGCCUGGCUGGCAGGGCUGCUCAAGACGCAUUGCGCCCCGAUGCGGGAUGAAUGGGCGGAUCGAAUGGUGGAGCAGAUCCGGUCCGGGUCGCAGUCGCAGAAUCCGAUGGAGAUUGUCGGCGGCCUCCAGACGUUGUUCGCGAUCCUGGAGGCCAUGAAAUUGGACGUUGCGAACCACCAGAUCCGCGCCUUUCGGGUGCUGCUGGUUGAGGACACUGUUCCGUUUCUGCAGGAGUAUUUCCGGGGCAAGAUUGAGAGGGAUAACUUCCGGGUCGACUCGUCGCGACUUUGGUAUCUGGAGACCCGGGAGCGGGAAUUGCGACAGAUGGACAAGGCCGCACAGACGGACGGAUUCUGGCCGAUUUCGGUGCUGUUUCAGGGAGUGUCCGACUUGUUACUCCAGUUUCACCCCCCGGACGCCUUUCCGGAAACCUUUGUGUUCGACUCGGACCGCUUGUGGCAGCUCCGGACCUGUCUUCAGAACCUGAUCAACCUGGACAUCUGCUGGUUCAUCUUCGAGUCCUACAUCCAUACGCAGAAACGCUACCUGUCGGCCCCCGCCCAGACAUACGCCACCUUCCGGUCACGCAUUGGAUCGUUGAUGGAGGAGAACGAGGACUGCCUGCGGGGGUCGGUGCAGUGGGUGCAGAACGUGCGGUGCAUCGGGCUGGAGAUCGCUCGGUUCGCGUGUGCCGCCUGCUGCAGCGAGGGCAACACGGUCUCGGACGAGGUGAUCACGCAGAUCGAAAGCGCGCUGGAGUGGCACCUGUCGAACGAAUCGGGGCUGUUCCAGUACUUCCAGGCCUCGCUGCGCGAGAAGUUGCUGGCGGCGUCGUUCGCGGCGGCGAAGAAGUACCUGAACAUGUCGCCGCUGGCGAUCUGCGAGUCGCAGCGCAAUUUCCCCCACACGGCGACCGCCAUGCUGGGCCAUCCCCAGCACUAUGACGUCGAGCGCAUCUCGAUGCGGCUGGCGCAUAUGGGGGUGCUACACUGGCGGGUGUGGGCGCCGAUUCUGUAUGUGCGCGAGAGCGUGUCACCGACUGACGUGGCGAUUAUCCCGUCGAACGAGGGCUAUGACCGCACCGGGAUCAAGUCCAGCGGCACGAAACCCGUGGUCAUCCGCCGCCUGGAGACGGAACUUCCGCGAAGCGAGUACGCGUACCGUUCCCGCUGCCGUGAUGCCGUCGAUGGUGCCGAGCCAGGCCCCGAGCCAGCCCCGGGCACGACGGACACCAUGAGCAUCCUCAGCAUCGACAUGGGCAUCCGCAAUCUCGCCUUCGCGCAUCUCCUCGUCGGCCUGCCGCCAUCUCCACCUCUUUCUUCUAUUCCCGUUCCCUCAUCCCGAGAACCGAGGGAAGAGAGGCCCAGCAUCACGCUAACCGCAUGGCGCCGCCUCUCCCUCUUCGACUCCGACUUCGACUCCGACAUCUUCCCGCCCACCACUACCCUCAACCACCCACCCGCAGACGCAGACGCAGACGCAGACGUAGACGUAGACCCCGCCCUCGAACCGGAGGAGUAUUCUCCCCCCCUCUACGCCGCGAAAGCGUAUACCCUGCUCACCACCCUGCUGGAGCGGUACCGCCCCACCCACGUGCUGAUCGAGCGCCAGCGGUUCCGGUCCGGGGGGUCGGCGGCCGUCCAGGAGUGGACGAUUCGCGUCGGCGUGUUGGAGGCGGUGUUGUAUGCUGUUUUGGAGGUGUUGAGGCGCGAGAGGGGGGGUCUGAGGGAGAGGGGGAGGCGGGUGGUGCCGCGGGCUUGGGGCGUGGAGCCGGCGCGGGUGAGUCGGUUUUGGGCCGCGAGGGUUGCUUCGGGGCUUGGAGACGGAACUGCUACAGCUACAGCUACAGCUACAGCUACAGGGCGUACACGCAAGAAGAAAAAGAGCGCGCGCGAGGUCAAGAAGAUGAAGAUGGAUCUGGUGGGGCAUUGGCUGCAGAAUGCUACCACCACCACCACCACCACCACCACCCACCGUCCCGGCACUCUGGCCGUGGCCGACGACCAUGAGUUACAGCGGUGGGUGCAGGCGUAUCGCUCCAAAUGGCAAUCCCCCAAACACAUGGGCACCCGGACUGGCGCCCACGCCCACGCCCACGCCCACGCCCACGCCCACGCCAACUUGCCGGAUAUCGGCAAGCUGGACGAUCUGGCGGACUGCUUGGUGCAGGGGGUCACUUGGCUGGAGUGGCAGCAGAUGCGCCACCGUCUCAUGGCUAAUCCUUCUCUGUUGGAUAAGAUCUAG